AUGGGUCGUCCUUGUGCCAAAUGCCGCCAAUGUCGUGAUUGGUACUAUACAGGCGAUUCUGAAACUUGGAAAUGGAUCCAGAAUUACAAGAAUUGGAUCAGAAAUGAUCCGAAAUGUUAUACCGAUAACUUUUACAAGUGUUUCAAGCGUCGUGAUGGUGCAACAUGUCUUGGUCGUUAUUAUGUUAACGCACCUAAAGAUGACUAUGGUUAUUCGCGUGAUUAUCCUCGUCAUCGUCGUCUUUAUGGUCGUGUUUAUGUUCGUUGUGGUGAUAAUGGUGCUGUUUAUACUGAUGAUGAUCGUUAUCUUGAUCACCGCGAUGAGCAGUAUGGUGGUGCUUAUGUGCUUGUUCGUGAUGAUGAUGUUUGCUUGUGUGCGGACAAUGUUUGUAAUUGA